AUGGCGCGUCUGAGGCCAGCAGUCACCAUGUCGGAGGUGUCUGUGAAGUGUGAGAGGCCAAAGUUGCCGAAAUUUGUAGACGGUAAAGACAGUAUGGACAGUUAUUUACAACGGUUCGAGCGCCAUGCUGAGCUGUCUAGUUGGCCACGAAGUGAGUGGGCGGUGGCGCUCAGUGCGUUACUGUCGGGGCAUGCACUGGACAUUUAUUCACGCAUGCCGACAGAAGCUGUUCAAGACUAUUAUCAGUUGAAGCAAGCGUUGUUGAGUGGAUAUGACUUCACGGAGAACGGCUUUAGGCGACGUUUCCGUGCAAGUAAACCAGAGAAAGGGGAGAGCCCCGAGCAGUUUACAGAAAGGUUAAGAGCAUACCUUUAUAGAUGGAUUGAGGCAGCGGGGCAAAAGACGGACUUCGACGGUCUGUUGUAUAUAGUACUCAAAGAGCAGUUCAUCGAAGCCUGCCCCAAAGACUUGGCAGUCUUCUUACAGCAGCAAGAAGACCAGAGCCUAAAAGCAUUGUCGAAUGCUGCGACAAGAUACCUGCAGUCGCAAGGCAGAGAGUUCACAGCCAGGUUAAGAGGGUCCCUGUCUGCAGCCGACACGGCCCAGAACACCACAUCUGCCCAGCGCAGCCAAGGUUACGAUCGGCAUCAAGGCAACGAGCUGCGGUGUUAUUCCUGCGGUGGAAAGGGUCACAAAGCCAUGGUGUGCCCGAGCAACUCGAUGAGACAUUCAACCAGCCGCCAAACACUGGAGGGAAACACACGACGGACUCCGCAACCGUCGAAUCGUCGUCCUGUGAUGUCAGCAAACGUGGACAUUUGUGAGGGAGAUAGCCAAGGGCCAAGCUAUAAAGGCCGACGACAACACACGAUCGCUACUGACAGCACGACCCAGAACGAGCGGCACACUCCAGUGGUAGACUGCGCGUUUACCAUGAGAACGACCGGCGACAUUGGUAAUAUGCCGGUGUCACGCGGACAGGUGGGGGGUAACAACGUCACCGUGCUGAGGGACACUGGGUGUUCUGGAGUCGUCAUCCGGAAAGACCUUGUGUUAGAAGGUCAGUUCACAGGCAACAGCUCGAGGCUCAGAUGCUGCCACGGGCAUAGUCAGGAUGUGCCGACUGCUGAUGUUGAAAUAUCAUCGCCGUAUUUCAGUGGCCAGGUGAAUGCAGUAUGCCUCGAUAACCCGCCAUAUGAUCUGAUCAUCGGCAACAUUGAAGGCGCUAGAGCCGCUGAUGACCCUGACCCAGAGUGGGAACACACAUGUGCUGUAAUAACUAGAGCACAGGCGGCCCAAGAAAAAGUAAAAACCCAAGCUUUAGCUGUCAUACCGAACGUGAGAAUGCCUGACAUUGAUAAAGAAGAACUCAUUCGGAUGCAGCGAGAUGACCCGACACUGGAUCAAUGUCGCAAGCAGGUAGCCAAGUACACAGAAGAUGACGAAAAGAUCAGGUUUGAGGAGAAAGGAGGGGUGUUGUACCGCAUAUUCCGCCAGCGAAACUUCCAUAAUGGGCAGCCGGUCCGCCAAGUGCUAGUCCCAGCUCCCUUACGGCGGUCAGUGAUGGACGUCGCACAUUCAUCCAUCAUGGGUGGUCAUUUAGGUGUCAGGAAAACUUUGGACAAAGUCACUGCAGCCUUUUACUGGCCUGGCAUCUCUGGGGAUGUAACCCGCUUUUGCCAGUCUUGCGAUGCCUGUCAGAAAACGGUGCAUAAAGGCAAGGUGGCUAAGGUACCUUUACAGAAGAUGCCGCUGAUUGAUGUGCCUUUUAAGCGGGUAGCGGUAGACCUCAUAGGUGAGAUUAAGCCCGCCAGCGAAUCAGGACAUAGGUAUAUCCUGACGCUAGUUGACUACGCAACCAGGUACCCAGAAGCGGUCCCUCUGAAGAAGAUCGAUACUGAGACCGUCGCUGAAGCCUUGAUUGGAAUAUUCAGCCGCCUUGGAGUGCCAGAAGAAAUACUUAGCGAUUUGGGACCGCAGUUUGUGUCUGAAUGCAUGAAAGAGGUCUCCAGGCUCCUCAGCAUUCGCCAGAUUACCACCACCCCAUACCACCCGAUGUGUAAUGGACUUGUCGAGAGAUUCAACGGUACCCUUAAGGCCAUGCUAAGAAAACUGUGCCGCGACCAGCCUAGACAGUGGGACCGAUACGUCAACGCACUGCUGUUCGCUUAUCGGGAGGUCACCCAAGAGGCUACGGGUUUUUCACCUUUUGAACUGUUAUUUGGACGAACCAUACGAGGUCCCAUGCACAUUUUGAAGGAGCUAUGGACCAAGGAGGUCAACGAACUCGAAAUUCGGAACAGCUAUCAGUAUGUAUUCGAGCUGCGGGAAAGGUUGGAAGAAACCUUACAGCUAGCGAUGACUGAACUAGAGAAGGCUCAAGGAAAGGCCAAGCAUUUCUAUGAUCGGAAGACGAAGAACAGAACGUUCAAGCCCGGCGACAGAGUCCUAGUGCUACUACCCUCAGACCACAAUAAACUGUUAAUGCACUGGAAAGGUCCGUUUGCAGUGCGAGACGUCAAGGGUCUGAACGACUAUGUCGUGUUUAUAAAAGGAAAGGAGAAGGUGUUCCACGCCAAUCUGCUCAAGCGGUACAUAGAGAGAGAUCCAGAUAGAGCGGCUGAAAACAUUACCGAGAUAGCAAUCGCUUCGAUUGCUAAUGGGCCGCCAAGCUUGAGCAACUCGGCAUCAUGUCAAGUGGCCACCAUCACGAGUGAUGAAGAUGGGUGUGUCGAGGACGGGGGUGAGGACCUCCUCGAACUGGGAGACAUACACCAUGGUGAGUCGGUGGACAACCUGGUUUACGGGCUCAAUCUGUCCAGCCAACAACGGGCAGAGCUACAAGAACUAGUGAGACAACAUAGCUGUAUCUUUACGGACGUACCGGGAAAAACUAACCUCAUCCAGCACGAGAUACGAUUAACGUCAGACGUUCCGGUCAGAUCAAAGCCUUACCCGAUACCAUAUGCUACCAGGGAGUCUUUGAAGAAGGAUAUCGAGGAAAUGCUGCGUUUGGGAAUUAUUCGGGAGUCCAAGUCACCCUACGCGUCGCCAGUUGUGAUAGUGAGAAAGAAAGAUGGAAGCAACAGGGUGUGCGUCGACUUCAGGAAACUUAAUAAACUUACCCACUUGGACCCAGAGCCCAUGCCGACGCCGGCUGAUUUGUUCCGACAGCUGAGCGGUGACAGAUUCUUUACGAAAAUCGAUUUGAGCAAGGGUUAUUGGCAAGUGACCAUACCCGAAGAGGACAUCCAGAAAACAGCGUUCGUGACACCCGAUGGUGUAUACGAAUUUUUGAGAAUGCCGUUUGGAAUGAAAAAUUCAGGUGCAACAUUGAGGAGGGGUUUAAAGAAGAUAUUAGACGACUUGGAGGGUAUCGUGCACUACUCCGACGAUAUACUGGUUCACACUCAGACUUGGGAAGAUCAUCUCCGCGUGAUCCGCGUGCUGCUUGAUCGCAUCGUCGAGAACAACCUGACUGCCAGGCCUAGUAAGUGUAUACUCGGCACUGAUGACGUAGACUUCAUAGGGCAUCGUCUUAAGAGCGGAGUGAAAGGAGUGCACGAGGACAAUGUCAAAAAGGUGAGAGAUGCACCAAGGCCACAAAAUAAGAAGCAGUUACGUUCUUUCCUUGGCCUGGCAUCCUUUUAUCGGGAGUAUAUGCCUCACUUCGCAGCCGUGACGGCACCUCUCACGGACCUUCUAAAGAAAGGACAGCCAAGUUCACUCGAGUGGGGUGAAGCGCAAGAGCGAGCAUUUGUUACCGUCAAAACAUUCCUGACCAGUGACCCGGUGCUGCAGCUCCCAGAUCCUUCUAAGAUGUACGUUUUAAGCACAGAUGCAUCAGAUACAGGGGUUGGGGCGGUUCUGAUGCAGGAACACGGAGGAAAGUUAUUCCCUGUCUGCUACGCAAGCAGAAAGCUGAAUGGGGCCGAGAGAAGAUACUCUACUAUCGAGAAAGAGUGUUUAGCCAUCGUAUGGGCGGUGAGGAAAUUCCGGUUAUACCUAGAAGGAGUUAGGUUUACCAUACGGACAGACCACAACCCUCUCACCUAUUUGAACACUGCACGAUUUGAGAACAAUAGGGUGAUGAGGUGGACCCUGUUUUUGCAGAACUUUGACGUGCAUUUUGACUCUGUAAAGGGAUCGGACAAUGUUGGUGCUGAUUUCUUGAGCCGGUUUGGCUCAAAGAACUGA